UAUCGCUCAUCUUCCCUCAUCAUCUUCCGCACCUUCUCCCUCCCUCCUUGUCUGUCCAUCUCCUCCCUCUGCGCCUUUUUACGCACAAAACAAGUCAGAGCGCACACACGGCUGCCGGAGAAAACGGGAGAGACACAGACGGUUCUUUGGGUCAUCAAUGCAUUUUGGAUUUUGACCGUAAGCAACAUGCGCGCCACACUGUGAGACACAGGUGGACAAUCUGUAUUCGCGUCUGUUUAUUUAGCAGCCCAAAGUUUCCCCAGCUUUUAAUGUUGCCAACCGAGAUUUCAGGAGGAGUGUGUUUCACCUCAAGGCCAGAAAUGGUGCAUUUGUGUCUCUCUAGCAAUCACACUGAGGGAAGAAGAGAAGGCAUGAAAACAGAGGAGAGCCAGCAGUCCUGUCUGCAGCAGCCUCCAUCCUCCACGCCUUUUGGUCCAGAGUACAGAGGAGGGGGGGAGGUGUGUGCGGGCUGCGAGUCUCCCAUCGCCGACCGCUUCCUGCUGCGCGUCAACGAGCGUUCCUGGCACGAGACCUGCGUCAAGUGCGCCGUGUGUUUGAGCGCGCUCACCGGGACCUGUUACUGCAGGGAUCGCCUGCUCUACUGCAAGCACGACUAUGAAAAGCUGUUUGUAAGGAAGUGCAGCGCCUGCCUGCAGGUCAUUGGGCGCUCCGAGCUGAUCAUGCGUGUGCUAGGACAGGUGUACCACCUGGGAUGUUUCAGCUGCUGUGAGUGUGAACGCCGGCUGCAGAGAGGUGAUGAGUUUGUGCUGAAAGAAGGCCAGCUGCUCUGCCGCAUGGACUAUGAAAAGGAGAGGGAAAUGUUGGCUGCUAUUAGCCCCACACCAACUGAAUCAGUGAAAAGUGAAGAUGAGGACGGAGGGGGAGGCUCUGGCAGUGGGAAAGGGGGUGAUGAAGGCAAGGAACACAAGCGUUCAAAAAGACCACGCACCAUCUUGACCACGCAGCAGCGGCGUGCUUUCAAGGCCUCCUUUGAAGUGUCAGCGAAGCCCUGCCGAAAGGUGAGAGAGACACUGGCCGCUGAGACUGGGCUGACAGUGCGUGUUGUGCAGGUGUGGUUUCAAAACCAGCGAGCCAAGAUGAAAAAGAUUGCUCGCCGACAGCAGCAACAGCAGCAGCAGCAGCAGGAGCAAGAGCAGCUGGGGGGGACCAGGAGAGGGCCGAGCAGAGGGGGCCGCCAGAGCAACGAUGACAGCGAGGACGGAUCUAGCACCCAUGGCAUGGAUGGGAUGCUGGGAUACCCGUCUCUGCCACGUCAGCAGCUACUUGCUCUUGACCCCAACAUCUACGGUGGAGAGCCGUUUCGACAUGGACUUACACCACCUCAGCUCAGCAGCGAGCAACUGCACUCCUAUGACUCAGAGACAGUGUUCCAUGACCUGGACAGCGAUGGAAGUCUUGGUCACCUCGGUGACUGCCUCUUAGCAGCAGGGGAUGGCGGUCUCCUGGCAGGGCGAGUGGGAAACCCUAUCGACCGUCUCUACUCCAUGCAGAACUCCUACUUCACCUCCUGACCCUCAUAAACUGUCAUCCUUUCCCCUCCUGUUCCACCUUUCACCUCAGAGAUGCAGCUAAUGGAGUCUGUCCAUCAAAAAGGCCUGUGGGACCAUUCUUCAUGCAAGAGCCUAUACACAAACACCCUUCUGAGCUUUUAUCACUGGUUAAUAUUAUCCCAAGUCAGGCAGUCAUAAUAUCACUUUGCAGCAGAUUAGCAUAAUGUUCUUACAUAUUUCCUUAAAAAAAAAGAAUCUCAUGCUGGAAAUACAGACACUGUAAAUGUCCAAGAUAAAGGACUUCAAUUUUUCCUGUUGUAUUUAUGUAAUGUUCAAUGGCACACAUUCCAUGGCACUUUCCUAAAAAAAAAUUGAGAGACACUUAUCAUACCUAUCAUUAUGUAUAUCGUGAAACAGCGAGGAGAAUUGUUUGAUGAAAGUUUUCAUCACUCAAGUUUAAUGUAUUUAGGAGUCAUGGGAGGAAUUCCAGUAUGAGCAGCUGAAGGUCAAAAAUAAAAGUAGGCCUACUAUUACAUUGGAAACUCUUUUUUUGACAGGACUAGUGAGUUAGUUACUGUGUGUGACUUUGACUGCAGCAUAUACAGUACUGUAUAUGGAUUGGAGGACAGUUUUGCUCUCAGGUUAGUGUGUAUGUUUAUGUAACCUGAGCCACAACUCAGGACAUUGUGCUGGCCGGGAUGACAAUUUAACUUGCCCAUUGACUUCAAGAAAGUAGAUUGCAAAGGGGAAGAAAUUGUUUGUGUGAAAUGAUCAUUUCAAACGACAUUCUUAGUUUUUGCAAAUGCAUGAAAGAUACUAUGGACCAAAAAAAAAAUAAAAAAAAAUAAAAUCAUUUUAGAAUUUAAAUAACAAAUAGCAGUACAGGGUCAUUUGCAAAGCCUUAUGCGGAAACAGGGUUGUAUAAGCGAUUAUUGCUGUAGCAUUCAAUUCUCUUUUAUAAUGUAAUCACUAAGAAAUAGCGGAGUAACUAACAACCAAUAGAGAUAUAAUGCCCCAAAUUUAGGACAUCGUGUACAUGAUGAUGUACUCCAAAAUGUAAAUGUGAGUAUGGCUGUUUUACAAUUAGUUGUUGUCGUCACUUUCUGUAAUAAUUUGCUUCUCAAACAUCUCAUAUUAGAUGCUGUUAGGUAGAUAUUUUGUACCUUCCUCUGUGAUAAUCAGAAAAUAUUUAAACUGUAGCAUGAUAUUUGUGUGCCUCAAAGGUCGAAGGAAAUAGCCUCCAAAUUUUCGUUGGAUAGCAAGUGUUGCAGGAAGUAUCAGGAUUAGACUCACAAUGUGGUACAGAAUAAAAUAGUACUAGAAUGACACUUGUCUCAUGUAGAUGCCAGUGAUAGGCUGCAGCCUGUGAGAUUCUUUCAUGACAUUAUGUUUUUGACUCUGAUACGUGACUCAUGUGUUUUUACGGUGAUACUAUUGUGAAUGUAACUUAUUUAUGUGCUAUUAGAUGAGUUCCUAUCUUAGUUUUUUUGAUCAGUGACUGCCAGGUGAUGUGCAUUGAAUGUAAUGUUGCCGUAUCUUCAAUACAAUUUGCGGUUCCAUCUUUGAA